CGCCACGGCGCCACUGGCAUAAAGCACUGGGUUUUAUUGGGAGUUUGGAACAGGGCCGCAAACUAAACCCCAGGGUUUUGUUCCUCAACGUUGAUCAAAGAUGAAAGACGGUAUACAGUUCACUAAAGAGCCCUACAUCGAGGAUGUUGGACCUCGCAAAAUAGAGAGCAUUCGGUUCGCGAUGUUUUCCGAAUCCGAAAUUAGCAAAGCUGCAGAAGUUCAAGUGUGGCGUGGCGUUUACUAUGAUGCUAAUAGAAAACCUAUAGAAAACGGGUUAUUGGAUCCUCGCAUGGGACCUGCAAAUAAGAAUGGUACUUGUGCAACAUGCCUUGGGAAUUUUCGGGAUUGUCCGGGGCAUUGUGGGUACUUAACUCUCGCACUCCCUGUUUAUAAUGUUGGAUAUUUGAGUACAAUUGUGGACAUCUUGAAGUGCAUUUGCAAGUCUUGUUCUCGUGUACUUUUGGAUGAGAGAGCAUCUAAAGACUACUUGAAGAAGAUGAGAAGUCAAAAAAUGGAGGCUCUGAAGAAGGCCGAAUUAAUGAAAAAGAUAGUACAAAAAUGUACAGCUAUGGCAAGUAGUAAGAAAGCAGUGAAAUGUUCCAGAUGCGGGUAUAUGAAUGGUAUUGUGAAAAAGGCUGUAUCUGUUUUGGGAAUUAUCCAUGAUCGUUCAAAAAUUGCUGAUGGAAGUUUGGAAGAAUGCAGUUCAGCAAUUUCUCACACCAAAGAGUCCAAGGCAUCAUUCAGUGUUGUUGAUAUUCUUAACCCUGUCAAAGUUCUUUCUCUUUUUAAAAGGAUGAUGGAUGAGGAUUGUGAUUUGCUUAAUCUUGCUGAAAGACCAGAAAAACUUGUUUUAACGAACAUUGGAGUGCCACCUAUCGCUAUUCGUCCUUCAGUUUUUAUGGAUGGUGGAACACAGAGCAAUGAAAAUGAUGUUACUGAGAGGCUAAAGCGGAUUAUUCAAGCAAAUGCUAGCCUUCAUCAAGAGUUACAGGACACAGGCUCCACAUCCAAAUGUCUGGCUGGUUGGGAUUAUCUUCAAAUUGAGGUUGCCCAGUAUAUCAACAGUGAUGUUCGUGGUGUUCCACUAGCUAUGCAAGCUGCCAGGCCAUUGAGUGGUUUCGUUCAGCGCCUCAAAGGGAAGCAGGGACGUUUUCGUGGGAACUUGUCUGGGAAGCGUGUUGAGUAUACUGGCAGGACUGUUAUAUCGCCUGACCCUAAUCUAAAAAUUACUGAGGUGGCAAUCCCCAUCCUGAUGGCUAAGAUCUUAAGUUAUCCUGAACGUGUUUCUCAUCACAAUAUAGAGAAGCUGAGACAAUGCAUUCUCAAUGGUCCUUUUAAAUACCCUGGUGCGAAGCUUAUCAGAUAUCCUGAUGGUUCUAUGAGGUCUUUGAUGUUUAGUGGCAGAAAGCGCUUUGCUGAUGAACUGAAAUAUGGUUACAUAGUUGAGCGUCACUUGGAAGAUGGCGAUGUUGUUCUUUUUAACAGACAACCAAGUUUGCAUCGGAUGUCAAUCAUGUGCCAUAGGGCGCGGAUAAUGCCUUGGAGAACAUUGAGGUUUAAUGAAUCAGUUUGCAACCCAUAUAAUGCAGAUUUUGAUGGUGAUGAAAUGAAUAUGCAUGUCCCACAGACAGAAGAAGCUCGCACGGAGGCUCUUAUGUUGAUGGGGGUGCAAAAUAACUUAUGUACACCAAAAAAUGGAGAGAUCUUGGUUGCUUCGACCCAAGAUUUUCUAACAUCUUCCUUCCUGAUUACGAGGAAGGACACUUUUUAUGACCGUGCAGCUUUUUCGCUCAUGUGUUCAUAUAUGGGUGAUGGCAUGGAUCUUGUUGAUUUACCAACACCAGCAAUAAUUAAGCCAGUGGAGCUGUGGACUGGUAAACAGUUAUUUAAUGUUCUACUGCGCCCUCAUGCAAAUGUGAGAGUCUAUCUGAAUCUUACUGUCAUGGAGAAAACCUACAACAAGCGUAGAGGAAAAGAAACAAUGUGUCCUAGUGAUGGGUUUGUCUAUUUCCGAAAUAGCGAACUAAUAUCUGGGCAACUUGGGAAGGCUACUUUAGGAAAUGGCAACAAGGACGGUCUUUUCUCUGUUCUUCUUAGGGACUAUAAUGCACAUGCUGCUGCUGCUUGUAUGAAUCGUCUGGCAAAAUUGAGUGCUCGGUGGAUAGGGAAUCAUGGCUUCUCAAUUGGGAUUGAUGAUGUUCAACCAGGAGGGCUUUUGAAUGACCAGAAAAGUAAGAGGAUUGAGGAAGGAUAUGAAAAUUGUCAUGAGCUAAUACAGCAGUACAAUAAAGGGAAGCUGAAACUUCAACCUGGUUGCAAUGCUGCCCAAACUCUUGAAGCCGAAAUAACUGGUGUAUUAAAUAAAAUCCGAGAAACAACUGCGAAUGUUUGCAUGGAAGAACUACAUUGGAGGAAUAGCCCUUUGAUUAUGUCCCAAUGUGGUUCCAAAGGAUCUCCUAUCAAUAUUAGCCAAAUGAUUGCAUGUGUAGGUCAGCAAUCGGUUGGGGGUCGUCGUGCUCCUGAUGGAUUUAUAGAUCGAACCCUUCCUCAUUUCCCUAGAAAGUCUAAAACCCCAGAUGCUAAAGGUUUUGUUGCUAGUUCAUUCUAUACUGGUUUGACAGCUACAGAGUUUUUCUUUCAUACAAUGGGAGGACGAGAAGGCCUUGUUGAUACGGCGGUAAAAACAGCUGACACCGGGUACAUGUCUCGUAGAUUAAUGAAAGCAUUAGAGGACCUGUCCAUUCAGUAUGAUGAAACAGUACGAAAUGCCAAUGGAAGCAUAGUUCAAUUUCUUUAUGGAGAUGAUGGUAUGGAUCCAGCAAGGAUGGAAGGAAAAGAUGGCUUUCCUUUGAAUUUUAAUAGAUUGUUUUUGAAAGUGAAGGCUACAUGUCCCGCUGGAGAAAAUGCAAGUUUGUCUGCUUUGCAAAUUGAGGAGACUGUGAAAAGGCUCAAAGAACAUAAUACAUCUGCUGAGGGUUGUUCUGAUGCCUUCAAGACCAAUCUAUCAGGUUUCCUUGAGGAAUGUAAAGAAAGAUUUAAAAACACGAGGGAGGCACUUGGAUUACAUGGAGAGCAUGUUGGGGAAGAAAAUUUAGAUAUCCAAGAAAAAUUUGCCAAAAAUAUAUCUGGUAUUACUUCCAAACAGUUGCAGGUUUUUCUGGAUACCUGCAUCUCUCGUUAUCAAUUAAAACGAAUUGAAGCCGGAACUGCAAUUGGUGCAAUUGGAGCUCAUAGUAUUGGAGAGCCUGGGACACAGAUGACAUUAAAAACUUUCCACUUUGCUGGUGUUGCAAGCAUGAAUGUUACACUUGGAGUUCCUCGUAUCAAAGAAAUAAUAAAUGGAGCCAAAAGAAUUAGCACACCCAUCAUCACUGCAGCUCUUGAGUGCAAUAAUAAUGUGAAAACCGCACGAAUGGUUAAAGGUCGCAUUGAGAGAACGACUUUAGGCCAGGUAGCAAAGAGUAUAAAGAUUGUCUUGACUUCAAGACUAGCGUUAAUAGCUGUCGCACUUGACAUGGAAGGAAUUCAGGCUUCACAAUUGUCUAUAGAUUCUAAUAUUGUAAGAGAAUCAAUUUUGCGAAACCGACGAAUCAAACUGAAGCAACAGCAUAUUAAGGUUUUGGAUGCUGGAAAGUUGGAAGUUCAUCCUCAGGGUGAUAGAAGUACAAUUCAUUUUGAACUCCAUGCUCUUAAAAAUUUGCUUCCAACUGUGGUUGUAAAGGGAAUAGAAACUGUUGAACGUGCUGUGAUUAACAAAGAUAACAAAGUAAAGUACAACUUGCUUGUAGAAGGCACGGGUCUCCAAACUGUCAUGGGCACUGAAGGAGUUAUUGGACGUGAAACAACCAGUAAUCAUAUCAUUGAAGUGCAGCAGACACUUGGAAUUGAAGCUGCAAGAAAGUGCAUCAUUAAUGAGAUACAGUAUACCAUGGCAAGCCAUGGGAUGAGCAUAGAUAUACGACAUAUGAUGCUUUUAGCAGAUUUGAUGACAUUUAGAGGUGAAGUUCUAGGAAUCACAAGAUUUGGCAUUCAAAAAAUGGACAAAAGUGUAUUGAUGCUGGCUUCAUUUGAGAAGACAGCAGAUCACCUUUUCAAUGCUUCUGUAAGUGGUAGAGAUGACAAGAUUGAAGGAGUAAGUGAAUGCAUAAUCAUGGGUAUACCCAUGCAACUGGGCACUGGAAUACUUAAAGUUAGACAGAGGCUUCAGCAAGUUCCAGAGCUGAGUUAUGGGUUAGACCCAAUUAUAUCUUAAGUUCAUCAAGUUGAACUUUUUCGAGACUAUGAACCAACAUGUGCAGGUCAUCCCAGUUCAUUACAAUGAGAUGGAUCUGCUUUAGCAGUCAAUGUAGAGAGCAUACUAUAAAGGCUUCGUCUGCCUCUACCAUGAUAUGCUGGAACCAAGUGAUCCAAGGAAGGCACAUUUGCAUGGAUGGACGCAUAUCAAGUUGAUAUAGCCAAGCCCCUUCUAUGUGUUGUAGAAAUGAAGAGGCCCUAAAGAGCGAGCUCACUCAUUAUACAAGAUGAAAAUAAAGAAUUUUUUUUUUUUGAAAAAAAAAUAAUAAUAACAGAUGUUCUUUGAGGCGGGUGGUUGAGAGUUGGUUUUGCACGCCUUGUAAAGAUGAUAAGCCCGGCCAUUGAAAUUGACACUUACCAUGAAACUAGUUUUGCCAAUACCCUUCCCUAGAAAUUGAUUCAAAGCAAAUGUAAUAAUUGUUUGAGGAAAGGAUCAUAGGGAGAAUUCAGCAUUGCAUUUCCUGCUUUCCUGCAAUUACACAUCCAUUAAUUUUACUGGC